UGAGCUAUAAAAGUAUCCGAGGCGACAGGUCGGCCGCCGAGAGUGACAGGAGCAGGACGUCCGAGUGUGUCCCCCGGCACCUGAACGUCAUGUACAAAGCGGCGUCCCGCCUCAGUGGCCGCCGUGCGGCUCUGACUGGACGGUCCUGCCGUGGCCCCGGAUUCCACAUAGCAACUGGUGCAUUAUGUCACAAAGCGUCCUUCAGGGACCUUCCCACAGACAUCCCAGAGAUGCCCCCUUGCACUUUCAAACCAGAGGAACACAAGGGUAUGUCCAAAGAGCGGAUGAUGGAGAUCCGCAGGGAGAACUGCAACCCCAUGGUCAUGAAGGUAACCUCCUACAAGAAACCCGUGUUUCUCCACCAGGGACACAUGCAGUGGCUGUGGGAUGUGGAUGGGAAACGAUAUCUGGAUUUCUUUGCCGGUGUGGCAACUGUCAGUGUGGGCCACUGCCACCCGAGAGUAACAGCAGCUGCGGUGCAGCAGUUGAAGAGACUGUGGCACGCGACCAACCUCUACGUGUAUCCUCCUCUCCAUGAGUACUGUGAGAAACUAGCGUCCCUCCUCCCAGAUCCUCUUAAGGUGAUAUACCUGACCAACAGUGGCUCAGAAGCCAAUGACCUGGCUAUGAUGAUGGCUCGACUUUACACAGGCAACUUUGAUAUAAUCACAUUCAGGGGAUCGUACCACGGUGGCAGCCCACAGACCUUGGGUCUUACUUCCAACGCACAAUAUAAAUAUCCCAUCGGCACUGGUUCAGGCUGCGCAAAUACCAUCUGUCCUGAUGUGUUCCGAGGUCCUUGGGGAGGAAGCCAGUGCAGGGACUCUCCGGUUCAGACCAUCAGAGAGUGUAGCUGCGCUCAAGGUCAUUGCAUGGCAAAUGAACAAUACAUUGGACAGCUCAAAGACACACUUGCUACUAGCGUCCCGAGUCAAAUUGCUGCUUUCUUUGGGGAGCCCAUUCAGGGAGUCGGGGGAGCUGUGCAGUACCCCAAAAACUUCCUCAAGGAGGCUUAUCAACUUGUGAGAGAAAGAGGAGGGGUCUGCAUUGCAGAUGAGGUGCAGACUGGAUUCGGACGAACAGGAACCCACUUUUGGGGUUUCCAAGGGCAUGAUGUCAUUCCCGAUAUGGUAACAAUGGCAAAAGGCAUCGGUAAUGGAUUCCCAAUGGGGGCUGUUGUUACAACACCAGAAAUUGCCGCCUCGUUCGCCAAGGGGAUUCACUUCAACACCUUUGGAGGAAAUCCUGUGGCUUGUGCAGUUGGUUCAUCUGUGCUCGAUACUAUCAAAGAGGACGGCACACAGCAGAUCAGCCUUGAAGUGGGCACCUAUCUAAUGACAGAACUGGCGAAACUCAGAGACAAGUAUGAGAUCGUCGGUGACGUCCGUGGAAAGGGCCUGCAGAUCGGCGUGGAAAUGGUCAAAGACAAGACCAGCAGAGACCCGCUGCCUCCUGCGGCGAUAAAUGAAAUCUUUGAAGACGUCAAGGACAUGGGGGUCCUUAUAGGGAAAGGAGGAAUACAUGGACAGACGUUUCGUAUUAAACCCCCCAUGUGCAUCACAAUGGAAGAUGCUGAUUACUUCCUGGCAGUUUUUAACAAGUCCAUCCACAACUACAUGGAAAGAAGAUGAAAGCCAUUUCGACCAUCUGAGUGGUCACAUAAUCACAAAAAAGAAAAAUUGUAUCGUUCAUUUUUAACAACUGACAAUGUUUGUAACUGACUUUUUUAAUUCACUUACUUGUUCGAGGACUGAGUAAUUUCUUCUUUCACAAGAUAUAGUCUUGUUUUAAAUGCCUGAACAAGUUGGUUUUUUUUGCACUUAACUCCCUAAUGUUUUGUAUUAUAGAUUCAUGAAAUUACACCUAUAUCCUGAUCAAAAUAUUAUAACUUUAGAAAAAUAAUUUUCUUUAGCACUGUGAGAUUUUUACCAAGAAGUGCCACUGUGAUGAGGAACAGAAAUUGUAUGCAUAUUCCAAUUUAACUGAUGGAUGAUUUUAUGAUCAGUUAAAUGCAGCUGACCACUUGUACCAACUAUUAAGAUAAAAGUAAUUGGGGUUUUUUGGGGGGGGGGGAUUAGCUUUUAAAGUACAAUCUUGGUUUCCUAUCUUUCUAACAAAAAUAUAAUCUAAAAGUACUGGUGUAUGUUUUGUACAGGCUUAUCUAAUUACAGCUUAUUAUCAGAAACAUUAAUUGAAAUCAUUGCAGAGUUGCAUAAAUACCAACGUGCAUUAUCACAUUUAUUUUCAUAAUACCACUACAGAGCUCUCUGUGACAAACAAAGAGACAUGGUUCUUCAAACAGUGAAUCAUCUGAUAAUGGGUAUUGAGUGUUUAUCGUAGAGACGUGUGGGUUUUCAUCCACUGGUUCAGAAGCACAGUGACUUAAGUUACAAUGAAAGGUACUGAAAAACUGCUAUUCACAUCUGGAGCACUCAGUCUCUCAAACAUAUACAGCCACCACAAUGACAAGAACAUUGUGUAAUUUAAAAAAAGACUACCCUCUCUGAGCUCAAUCAACCAUUACAGUCCUCCUCAAGGGCUUAUUUUAUAUUUAGUUCAUCUUCCUCCUGGGAGACUUCUCAGAGAGUCGUUUCUCAUCGGUCCAAAGCAACGUGUGUUAUCUGUUCUUCUUCUUGUCCUUUUUGCUCUUGCUCGUGGAGCUGUGAGAAGCGCUUGCGGACAGAGCGGUGGAAUGGCCGCUGGUCUUCAGAUGGUCAAACAACUUGUUUCUUGUGGGGAACUCUUCGUCACAGAUCACGCAAUGGAGGAUUACUUCCUUCUGGGGGUGGAAAUGGGGGAUAUGUGAUUUAGUCAAAUUACAACCAAACUUGAUUAAAAUGUGCGUGUGUGAAUGGAUAGUGUAACUUGUAGUUUAAAAUGCUGAGAAAAAAAAGGGUUUUCCUGUACAAACCUCAGGAAACUCUUCUCCUCCUGUAUUUGACUUGACGUUCUUUGGUUUGUCUUUUCCUCCUCCCUUCUUUCCCUUCGUCUUCCCAGAGCUGUGGAUGCAACAUUAACACUAUAAAACUCUAAAACAACUUAUGUUAACUAAGGAAUCGACUCUGUUUCAUCCUUUAUUCCUCAGACAGCAGUCAGCUCUCCGUCUCCUGCUCAAAACUAGAGCUAUAAGAAAAGACUCGCAUUCACUGGACAGUCAGACACAACUCCUGAUCAGUUGUUGCUGUUGCUCGGUGUCUGUGCAGAAAACAGAAGUGGAGACAGCAAAACCUGGACUGACCUCUUGACCUCUGUGGGAGGGGGGUCAUCCUGCAUCUCAGGCUCUGUAGGGUCUGCAGACUUGUCUGGGGCGUCUUCCUCACUGGUGGUUGGUUGUGUUGGUGGUUUUUCAUUCUUCUCCUCUUCAUCUUCCUCUGGAGCACUCUGCUGUGGACGAGGAGAGCGUGAACAGAGAAAAGAGGAGGUUUUUAUAAUAACGGUCAUCGAGGGAAAAUUAAACCAAGCAAAAUGGAUUUAUAAGAAUAAAUACAUCACUCACGUGUA